CUGGUGUGACAUUUCUGAGUGCCUCUGAAUAACCACGCCGGGAGCGCGCAUACGAGGGUCUAGAAGCGCUUCUGAAAACGGGCGACAACAUCUCUGCAGCCACUGACCUCCACACAGCAGUCAAAGAGCAUCAUGGGAGGAGCAGUGGUGGAUGAUGGGCCUACUGGGGUGAAGGCACCAGAUGGUGGCUGGGGUUGGGCGGUGUUGAUUGGCUGUUUCGUCAUUACCGGUUUCUCCUACGCCUUCCCCAAGGCCGUCAGUGUCUUCUUCAAGGAGCUGAUUCGAGAGUUUGGUGUAGGCUACAGUGACACCGCCUGGAUCUCAUCGAUACUGCUCGCCAUGCUGUACGGCACAGGUCCCCUGUGCAGUGUGUUGGUGAACAAGUUUGGCUGUCGCCCGGUAAUGAUGGUCGGAGGGCUCUUUGCCUCACUGGGAAUGAUUCUGGCCUCCUUUUCCACGAGCAUCAUAUACAUCUACCUCUGCACUGGAGUUAUUACAGCUGCUGUUGACAUGAAAUUUUCACCAGAUUACGAUCUCCAGUACCAGUACGGCUGGAGGGGAGGGUUCCUCAUACUUGGUGGCAUACUGCUCAAUUGCUGUGCCUGUGGUGCCCUCAUGAGACCUCUGUUACCCCCUAAGAAAUCCCAGGAGGAGGAGAGCGCUCCUGCAGCCAAAGAGGAGGAGAAGAAGCCGCCGCCAAAGAAGAAGAAGCUGCUGGACUUCAGUGUGUUCAAGGACAAAGGCUUUCUCAUCUAUACCGUUGCGGCGUCUAUCAUGGUCCUGGGCUUGUUUGUGCCCCCUGUGUUUGUGGUCAGCUAUGCUAAAGAGCUGGGCUAUGAGGACACUAAGUCAGCAUUGCUGCUCACCAUCUUGGGACUUGUUGAUAUGUUUGCUCGGCCCGUGUCAGGACUCAUAGCAGGCAUGAAGUAUGUCCGGCCCAGAAGUGUCUACCUGUUCAGCUUUGCUAUGAUCUUCAAUGGGUGCACUGACCUCAUAGGAUCGCAGGCGAAUAACUAUGCAGGGCUGGUGGUCUUCUGUAUGUUCUUUGGGAUGUCGUAUGGCAUGGUGGGAGCACUACAGUUCGAGGUCCUCAUGGCUAUCGUCGGUACAGAGAAGUUCUCUAGUGCCAUCGGCCUGGUGCUGCUGAUGGAAGCCAUCGCUGUAUUAGUGGGACCUCCGGGUGCAGGUCGCCUCUUGGACUACACUCAUCAGUACAUGUAUGUUUUUCUGUUGGCGGGCUGUGAGGUCACACUGUCGGCUAUUGUCAUUGCCCUGGGUAACUUCCUUUGCAUUAGCAAGAAACAGGAAGAUCCAGAGGCUAAGAUGGAGAUGGCUGUGACUGCUUCAGAGAGGGAGGGGCUGAACCAUCAGGAGAAAGAUGAGGCAGGCGAAGAGGACCCUAAGGGAAAAGAGAAUGGAAAACUCAGUGAUACGAAAGCAGAGGAGGAGGUGAUGAUGGUGAAGGAGAUGGGGGAGGGGGGCGAAGAGGAGAACACUGAGACGUCAUUAUAGGAAUAAGACUAGCAAUGAGAAAAUGGUGCAAUAAGAGGACACACACAAAAAAGUAAUUUAUCUUUGAUUUAUCUGUGGCCACAGAUCCACAAACUAUAGAA